AUGGCCGGGCGCUGCGGGGUGGUGGCAGCCCGGCACUGGGCAGGACCGGGCAGGGGCUGCGCUUCCCUCUGGCUGCGGGGCUGGCACCUUUCCCCAGCGCCGCCGGCAGCGCGGCUGGCCCAUGCUGCGGGCCAGCUGCAGCGGGAGUACGACGCGGUGGUGAUCGGGGCAGGGCACAAUGGGCUGGUGGCAGCUGCCUACCUGCAGCGGGCAGGGCUGCGCACAGCCGUGCUGGAGAAACGCCAUGUGCUGGGCGGCGCGGCUGUCACGGAGGAGAUUGUGCCAGGCUUCAAGUUCUCCCGGGCAUCAUACCUGCUCAGCCUGCUGCGGCCACAGAUCUACACCGAGCUGGAGCUGCAGCGGCAUGGUCUGAGGGUGCUCCCACGGGACCCCUACUCCUUCACCCCACUGCUGGAGGACAGGAAUCCCCCUCGCUCCCUCCUGCUGGGAAACAACAUGGCCCAGACCCAGCAGCAGAUUGCUCAGUUCUCCCAGAAGGAUGCCCAGGCUUAUCCUGAGUAUGAGGUGUUCAUGGGGGGUUUGGUGUCAGCCCUUGACCUGCUGCUGGAUGCUGCCCCAGUGGAUACAGCUGAUCUGGGGCAGGGCUCCCUGCUCCAGCGGCUCAGGGCCCUGCGAUCCCUGCAGCCCCUGCUGCGGGCAGGGCUGGCGCUGGGGCGGCAGCUGCCCCGCUACUACGAGGUGCUCACAGCCCCCAUCUCCAAGAUCCUGGAUCAGUGGUUUGAGUCAGAGCCCCUGAAGGCAACUCUGGCUACUGAUGCGGUGAUUGGAGCCAUGGCCAGCCCCCACACCCCCGGCAGUGGGUACGUGCUGCUGCACCAUGUGAUGGGUGAGCUGGAGGGACGGCGGGGGGCCUGGGGCUACGUGUCCGGUGGGAUGGGAGCCCUAUCCCAAGCCAUCGCCCGUGCAGCAGCUGCCAGGGGAGCCCACAUCUUUGCUGAGAAGGCUGUGUCCCAUGUGCUGCUGGGCAGGGACGGGCGGGCGCAGGGCGCUGUGCUGCAGGACGGGACGGAGGUGAGGAGCAAACUGGUGCUGUCCAACGCCUCCCCCCAGAUCACCUUCCUGGAGCUCAUACCCCAGGAGCAGCUGCCGGAGGAUUUUGUCCGGCGGAUCCAGCAGGUUGACACGCGCUCCCCGGUCACUAAGAUCAAUGUGGCGGUGGAUCGGCUGCCCAGCUUCCUGGCUGCCCCCAAUGGCCGCGACGGCCAGCCCCUGCCCCACCACCAGUGCUCCAUCCAUCUCAACUGCGAGGGCACCCACCUCCUGCACCAGGCCUUCACUGAGGCCACCCAUGGACACCCCUCCAGCAGGCCCAUGAUAGAGCUCUGCAUCCCCUCGGCGCUGGAUCCAGGGUUGGCCCCGCAGGGCUGCCAUGUUGUGUCCCUCUUCACCCAGUACACCCCCUCCGUGCUGGCAGGCGGGCGGCCCUGGGAUGAGCAGGCCAGAAAUGCAUAUGCAGACACGGUGUUUGACUGCAUUGAAGCCUAUGCCCCAGGAUUUAAGGCAUCUGUCAUCGGCAGGGACAUCUUGACACCCCCAGACCUGGAGAGGAUCUUUGGGCUACCUGGUGGGAACAUCUUCCAUGGAGGGAUGUCUCUGGACCAGCUGUACUUUGCCAGGCCAGCACCAUCCUACUCAGGCUACCGGUCUCCAGUUCCCGGCUUGUAUCUGUGUGGAAGUGGAGCCCAUCCUGGAGGAGGAGUGAUGGGAGCUGCAGGACGCAAUGCUGCCCAUGUGGCCCUCGAGGCCUUUAGGCACCUGUGAUGGCAGUGGUGACACCAGCUUCACCUAUGCAGGGCUGUGGCUGCAGUGAGCCGUGCUGACCCCAUACAGAGCCCUGUCCCUCCCCAACUUGCUUCCCAGGCCCUUCAGGGCAGCCACAGCCUCUGAGAGCUUUGUGGAGGUGAAGGUUGGCAGGUCCUGUGUGCUCCCAGCUGCUGCUGGCACUUGAACACGUAGCUGCUCCCAGCACUCCACAGCCCAGCCUUGCCUGGGUCACUCCCAGGCAGCGGGUGGCCAUGGUGAGCAUCACUCAGCCUGUGCCUGUAGCUGUGGAAAUAAACCCUGUCUCAGGCUCUGUCUUGAGCACUCUUGCUGUGA